AUGUCGCGCAUAGAGAAAGGCACGCAGCGCUUUCGGCCCACCGUCGUCGCGCGCCGCCCGUCGCAGCCUGAUGGCGGCGGCGAUAGUGCUGCGAAGCCGAAGCCUGUGCCGCCACCCUCGCGUGUGCCUGCGGAGAGUGCGGGCCGCGCGCCCGCGACGAGGAUUCUGCCGCGUGCGCCGGCGGCGGCGGCGCCCACCGGUGCGGCGCCUAGCGGCCUCGCGCCUACCGCGCGCAGCUAUGCCACGCGUAUUGUGCCUGCCCAGCGCAUGCCUAUCACACCCCGGUCCCUCUCGCAGCCGACUGUGCGAGGGGCGCCGCCGACGCCGCACGGUUCUACGCAGCCCACGUUCUCUCCGUACGAGCGCUUCUUGCAUGCGGCUCAGGACGAUCCGCAGGGUGUGCUGCAGGUGCCGGCUGGUGUAGAUCCCAGCUCCGUUGCCGAGCUGGCCGCCGAGACGUGGCAGCAAAUGAGCGCCGACGCGCGUGCGCAGUAUGGGGCGCCGAGUGCGACGAUGCCGCCAGCGCCAGCGACGUCGCGUGCAGCGACGCCGCGGAAGCGCGUGCACCACUCGAUUUCCGACGACGAGGCCGAGUACCAGCGGCAGUGUGAGCAGCAGGGGACCGCGGCACCCGACUCGGACUUGCCGCCGCUCCGCAUCGACAUUGGCACUACGCGCAUGGAGUCGAUUGCUGUCACGCACUGGAAGAGUGGGCGUGCGAGCAGCCGGACGUUUGAGCUGGAGCGUGUGCGGGCGCGGCAGCUCAAGAAGCGGCGCGAGGAGGCGGCGCAGCAGGACGGCGAUGGUGCGCGGGCGUCCAUGGAGCCGGGCAGCGUCAAAACGUCAGACACGCCGGGCCCUCUUACGCCGCGUGAGACGCCGGCGCCCGAGGCGGAGCCGCAGUUUGGCGAGAACCGCUUUGCCGUGCAGACGCGCAUUGUGGACGGGAAGAUUGUGCUGGACGAGCAAUCGCUGUAUGCAAACUACCGGGACGACGAGCAGCAGGAGCGCGAGCAGAAGCACUGGGAGGUCAUUGACGAGCGGGAAAGUGACCAGUUCGUCAACAGUGCGAGCCGGAGCAAGCAGCGGCGAACGCAGCGGUGGUCCGCGCAGGAAACGGAGCAGUUCUACCAGGCGGUGUCGCAGUGGGGCACUGACUUUGAGAUGAUCACGCGCCUGUUUCCGCGGCGCACGCGGCGCGAGAUCAAGGCCAAGUGGACCAAAGAGUCGCGGCAGCAUCCGCAGCGCCUGGACGACGCGUUUAAGCGCCGCGUCAAGGUCGACUUGACGGCGUACGGCCAGGCCGUGGGCGUCGAUCUGAGCGGGCCACCGCCGGUGAUUACGCCGCGCGCCGAGCCCAAAGCAGACGAGGUCGAGACGGUAGAAGACACUGUACAGUAA